AUGGAAAAAAGAAGAUUAGGAAAAACAAAUAUAGAAGUAUCAUCGAUUAGUUAUGGAGGGUCACCUUUGGGAGGAGUUUAUGGAGAUAAUGAUAUAGCUUCUCAAAUUGAUUCAGUUCAAUAUGCAAUAUCAAAAGGUAUAAAUUUUAUUGAUACAUCACCAUAUUAUGGUAGCAAGUUAUCAGAGACUGUGUUGGGAGAUGCAUUAAAAGGUGUGCCUAGAGACAAGUAUUAUUUGGGUACAAAGGUUGGUCGAUAUGGAUUGAGUGAUUUCAACUUUUCGUAUGAUACUAUAAUUGCAUCGGUCAAGGAGAGUAUGCAAAGAAUGGGUGUUGACUAUUUGGAUGUUGUACAGUGUCAUGACAUUGAAUUUGGUGAUUUGGGUCAAGUGAUCAACGAGUCUAUCCCAGCACUACUGAAAUUAAAAUCAGAUGGAUUGGUUAGACACAUUGGAGUGACUGGAUACCCACUAUCGGCCAUAGAACGAGUGGUAGAAGCAAGAGGACCGUGUCUAGAUGUCAUUCUAUCGUAUUGUCAUUACACGUUGAACGACUCGACAUUGCAAUCGAGUCUACCAGUAUUCCAACAACACGAUAUCGGUGUCAUCAACGCCUCGUUUCUUAAUAUGGGUAUGUUGACAAAUCGUGGUCCACCUGCAUGGCAUCCAGCACCUGACAAACUAAAACAAAAGUGUGUCGAAGCAGCCGAGUUGUGCAAGAGUCGUGGAUCAGACAUUUCAAAGUUGGCACUACAAUUUGCAACCAUGAAUCCAUCAAUACACACCAAUCUAGUUGGUAUGCCUUGUCGUCAACAAGUCGACUUGAACCUUGAAACAUUAUCACAACCAAUCGAUGAUCAACUCCUACAAGAUGUCCUUGAACUAUUCAAACCUCUUAAAGAUUUAAUUUGGACAUCUGGUAAACCUGAAAAUAACUAA